GUAAAUAACCCAACAAUCGAUUGUUUUCCAUUAAUCAGUUUGCAGGCAGGGAUUUUUACGACUUUCCCACGGGGUUUUCCCUUUACACGAUUACACACGAUGAAAUUCAAAUAUCUGCUACUGGUGGUGACCCUAGUGGGGCUCCUGCAGGGCUGUUUCGCCCCCCCAGUGUCCCCCAACAAGAAAGAGGAGGCGCCCGAUUCGGAAGUGACGGGGCUAGAGGACUACAUGGAGUACCAUCGGUACCUCAAAGAGGUGGUGAACGCCCUGGAAUCGGAUCCGGAGUUCAGGCAGAAGCUGGAGAAAGCAGACGAGAGCGAGAUCAAAAGUGGCAAAAUCGCCGACGAGUUACAGUUCGUGUCGCACUUUGUACGCACCAAACUGGACGAAAUCAAGCGACUCGAACUGCAACGACUCAAGGAACUAACGGAGAAGAAACGACAGUUGGAGAACGGCAUCGACGAUGCGGAGGAUCCGGUGCACCACCAUCUGGACCAGUCGAACCCCCACACGUUCGAAAUCGAGGAUUUAAAAAAGCUGAUUGCCAAGACCACCCACGAUCUGGAGGUGGCCGAUAAGGCCCGGAAAGAAGAGUUCAAACGGUACGAGAUGGAGAAGGAGUACCAGAAAAUGGAGAAACUGAACCACACCGACGGACAAGCGGAACGGGAGGCCCUGGAAAAGCAGUUCAAGGAGCAAGAGGAGAAGCAUAAGAAGCACGAGAAACUGCACGAGCCCGGUCACAAGGCCCAACUGGAGGAAGUGUGGGAGGAGCAGGACCAAAUGCAACAGGACUUUGACCCCAAGACGUUCUUCCUGCUGCACGACCUGGACGGCAACGGCCUCUGGGACCAGGACGAAGUCAAAACCCUUUUUAUCCGGGAACUGGACAAAGUGUAUCAGCAGGGGGUCCCCGAGGACGACAUGCGAGAGAGAAUAGAGGAAAUGGAACGGAUGAGGGAGAGAAUGUUCGCGGAAAUGGACACGAACAGGGACGGAUUCAUCGAUUUCCAGGAGUUUUUCCAGCAGACCAACUCCAACGACUUCAAGCAGGACCACGGAUGGCAAACGUUGGACGAACAAACCAAACCCUAUAGUCCCGAGGAAUUGGAGGAGUACAUCAGGAGGGCGCAUGCCGACAACAACCAGGUGCCCCAGCAGAGGCAGUUCCAGGCGGGGCAGGUGCCCCAAAUGGCCCCGCAGCAGUUGGAUCUCAAUGUGAACGAGGUGCAGCCUCAGUACCGACAUGUUCCAGUGACAAAUUAGUGUAGUGAUUAAUAUAUAAGACUGAUUUCUCGAGAACAGUUUAUAGUGAAUAAUUAUAUUGAAAUUGAAUGCCCCAUAAGGUGGGGGCCUGCGGCAUUUAAUAAAGUUUUGUUUAUAUUUAUUUA